AUGAUUCCAUCAGAGGAUGGCCCUGUCAUCUCUUCGCCACCAGCAAUAUUGAAAAAUAGCCCGUCAGCAAUGGACCAUGGCACAAGUGCAAAUUUAACCCAGCCCAUCAUCAAUCACAACAUACAAGUCAAGAAGAGCCAUGGUACCGAAGACAGCAAAUUAGAGACUUCUAGCAGCGACCCGUACGAUGCUGUCGUACUGGGGAGAAGUAAUAAUCCUGAUAAUAUUAAAGAGUCAACUGAACUGGAAAUUGAAAAACUCCUGACCGUGAAUGAUGCCACCAAAUCUAUGGGCCCAAGUCAAUUGAUUGACGUGAAUUCUCAAACCUCACAACCACAAGUAAAAAAAUCAGAAGAGUAUAAAGAGAAGGCUUAUCCACUGUUAAAUAAUCAACCUCAACCCUUGGAACUGAAUAAGCAAAAGGAUCUGGUUUCACCCUUAUCUUCGAAACCCCAACCUGAUAAGAAAUCAGGUAAACCAGAUACGCUUGUUAAUAGAAUAGUUGUGGAAACUGAAACCGUUGACUCGUCACCAUCAAUUAGUCUUUCUCUGUACGAUAAAUCAAACCAGAACUCAAAUUCUGGGAUUCAGUCAAAACAUCAGUUUAUGGAUGAAUCGAGUAGCAAAAAGGAGUCUCACAAGUCAGAUGAACCCAAUAUGGCGGGUGCGACACUGGCAACAGCCAAUGAUAGUUUCAAUAACAAUAGUGCAAUUUUUGGAGCAACUAAUUUAUCUACAAAUCCAGUGGCUCUUGAGAAUUAUAGUGGUAAUAAUAAUACGAAUCAAAACAUAUCAACCACAACAACGACAAAUAAUAAUAUCCCUAACAAUCCCCCUUCUGUGGUAACCACGACUACAACAACGACGACAUCGAUACCGGAAAUGACUCUUAAUAAUAACCUUGAUCUUAAAUCAAGAGUUUUUUCUACGUCAACCAUUGGUGACAAAGUCCCUAAGAUUGAACCCAAUGGCGCAGAGCUUGUCGAUAGUAAUGCUAUCGUUGACCAUCCUGAUGAUGAACUAAACGAUCACAAGUCCGCUAGUCAAACCGCUUCCCAUAAUGCUUAUAGCAGAUCUCUUCGAAACAAGAGAAGCAUUCUCAUGGACUCACUGGCAAAUGUCACAUCGAAUGCUAGUCUUGCAUCCAAAAAUGUCAACGUCGCUUCACAAACCACUAAUGUACCAAACGUUAAUAUGGCUAACCCUAAUGUCCCACAAAACAAUGUUGUUUCUGCAAAUUACUUGGAUGAUGAUACUAGAAGUAUCACUUCUUCAAUAAAGAGAUCAAAGCCAAAGCCAAAAUUGAAAAAAAUCAGCUCCAGCAGGGCUGAUAUUUUCGAGGCACAGGUGGAAGGUGCAUUAGAUGAUGAGGAGCAUUCCGAUGGUAAUGAAACAUUUGUGUACGAAAGCAGAGGCCAUAGCAGAGAUAACAGCGCCAAUACUAUUGAACUUGAAGCCCUGGAUGGCCCAAAUAAUUAUAACAAUAAUAAUAAUGACACUGAUACAGUUGUGGACUCUAAAAUUGAAGGCCCUAUUGAUGAAGAAUCAGAAGAAACUGAUAGCCGAAACCAAGCUGAUCAUCCAUAUCACGAUCAUAGUGGGUCGGCUUCUGUCAAUGAUAAUAUCAGUAAUAAUGAUAUUUUUAUUGAUCGUAAAUUUUCGGCACAGAUUCAAGAUCCAACAGAGCAUUUCAAGCUUGAAAAAUCUAGCCUCCGUGGGAUUCCAAGAGUGGUGGGUAAUCCUAAUAAUAAUUCCCAGGCAUAUAAUCCAUUGGGUUUCGCAAUAGAUCAAGAAGUAUUGAACACUCCAUCUCGAGGUACAAAAUACAGCAAACAAGGUAAGGCCUACAAGAAAUCGAGAUUAACUAGCAGAGGCAAUUAUGAUGACUGUGAAGAAUAUACCAAUAAUGGUGAUAUAUUUAGUAAUGAUAGUCAUUAUAAGGGGACUAAACAUACUAUUGAGCCAUCAAUUGGUUCAUCAUCAAUGAAAGAUUUCUAUCUUAAUUCUAAUUCUGGAAUGACUGGGCCGUCAGAAGAGAAAGAUUACGUGGACGACCAAGGUUCGGUACAUCAUUAUCAUUUCAAUGGCAAAUAUGGUGGUAAAGGUAAUAAUAACAAUAAUAACUCUCGUUAUAACGGUUCCAACCUUGUUAGAGCUCCAUCAAAAAGUCGAGUAACUGAUCCCUAUCAAUAUCAAAUGUCCAGUAGCCAUGAAAACACUUCUGAUUCAGAAUUGGAGUAUACUACCGAUGAUUUCACCUAUCCAAAGUUUACGCGGUAUAGAAAGAAUCCUCCUUCCAAAUAUACCAAUAUUCAUGGUGACACACAUGUAUUAAAUCGUCAAGUUAGUAUUCCAGAAAACCUUACUGGUGAAAGCAAUCACUCAACCUUGACAUCAGGGACGACGGUCCCUAAAAAAACUGGUGAAGUGAAUGCUCGGUUUAUUUCACGUAACAGUAGUAUUUCCAAUUUUGAUGUCACCAAGGCAAAAGCUCCGCCAAUUCAUGAAAAUAAUAUGAAUCAAUUUGCAAAACCUAAAAGGGGCAGUCUGGUCUCUCCCGUGGUGAAUUAUCAUCCUCACACUUUCCGCAGGUUUUCUUCGAGACUGAAGAAUAGGCAUCAACAUUUGCAACAGCCGUCAACCCCGCAACAGCUUCAUCUUCAAUCGCAGCAACCGCAACAACCGUCGGUGGCACAACAACAGCAACCGCCUUCUUUUACGAUCGAAGAAUCACCAUCGAAGAAUUAUCAAAGCAUUAAUGGUGGAAGGGUUGUUGCUAAUGGCCGGAGCGUUAGUACUGCAAACACCGUGAAACAAUAUAAUUCUUAUUCCAAGCCUCAAAUGCCAAACCAAUUGAGAACUACAAUUUCAAAAUUGUUUGAUCCACAGGGCACAAACUUGAAACGAUAUUCAGGGGUGCCGGAUGAUUUCACGGUCGAUGAUUUUGAAGAUGAAAAUUUCGAUGAUGAUGUGAAUUAUUUUGGAUAUGAUUUAGAAGACGGUUCAGAGAUCAACGAAAGUACCCCUUUGAAUUUUGAUUAUUACAACAGUUAUUCAAGAAGCCCAAAGUUACGCAAUAUGAAUUCCUUGGAAGAUGCAAAGAUGAAUGCGUAUCGUCAUUCGAGACUCGUGGGAAAAGACCAAGAUCAAUCAAUUCCUUAUUACAAUACUCCAAACGCUUACUACACAGUUCGUGGGAAAAAAUCAUAUAUCCAAAUGAUCCAAUCUACAUUUUGGGGAAUAUUAUUAAUGGUUCUGUUUUUAUCCCUUGGGUUUUUCUGUGGGUUCUUUUUGGCAUCCACCAAAGAUUUGGCGGAUGUAAGCAUUGUUGAUAUGAAUCAUUUAUUGGUCAGUACAGACGAAUUGAUAUUUGACAUUGAAUGUGAUGGAAUCAAUCCAGGUUUCACCACUAUAGUAUUGGAGGAUGUUGAUCUAGAUUUGUUUGUCAAAACCAGAUACUUGGAAAACGAUGAUGAUGAUGAUGAUAAUGAUGGGUAUGAUCGACUUUUCCAUUACCAAACCUUCUUUAUUGGCAAUAUCAAAGGAUUAGAAUACCCGAUGAAUUUUCCAAGUAAUAUGUUUGAUAAAAAGAAAGUGCAUGCUACAUCAAGCAUUCGAUUGAUUGAUCCUGGGAAAAAUAAUAGUGAUCCAACUUAUAAUGAUGGGCUUCAAUCAAACCCGGAACAAAUAGAUACCACUAAACAGUUAGAUAUUCUUAACAGCGAACAUUUGACGUUUUCCUCAGAAACCCCGACCUCGCGUCAGAAAAUGUGGAAGGUGGCUAUUAAAUAUCCGUUUGAAUUGAUUGUUCGUGGGAAGUUCAACUAUAAAUUGCCAUUUGGUAAUUCAAGGAAAGCCAUUGCUGUUCACAAGAGUAUAUCUGCAGACCCAGCCCAGAAUUUUGAACAUGUUGCUAUUGAGGGUUGA